UUCAUAAACCUCACUUCUUCUUCUUCGUCUUCUUCAGUUUCGCAAUUCGAUUCCUAAAGUCAGCAGUUUUGUUUCUUCAAUUUCUUCUCUGAUCAAGAAUCUCUGAUUUAAAGGGCUCUUCAUCAACAAGAAGGGUCUAAAAGAUGGCAGAAUCAGAAGAGAAUAGCGUUUUGUUUCCCAUUUUUAUUUUGACAAUGAUGGCAAUUCCAUUGGUGCCUUAUACAUUUGUGAAGCUAAGCCGCGCUUUUUCGAAGAAACAACGGAGUAUACAUUGUCAAUGUCUUGAAUGUGAUCGUUCAGGGAAGUACAAGAGAUCUAUUUCUCAAAGAAUAUCUAGCUUCACUUCAUGUAGCAACUUGACAGUUGUGCUACUCUGGAUUGUAAUGAUCUUCUUGAUCUAUUACACUAAGAACAUUAGCCGUGAGAGUCAACUCUUUGAGCCAUUCGGUAUACUUGGCUUGGAACCUGGUGCUUCAGAUUCAGAAAUCAAGAAAGCUUAUAGGAGACUCUCUAUUCAAUACCAUCCUGAUAAAAAUCCUGAUCCAGAAGCCAAUAAAUAUUUUGUGGAGUCCAUAGCUAAAGCUUACCAAGCUUUGACUGAUCCGUUAUCCCGUGAAAACUUUGAGAAGUACGGUCAUCCGGAUGGUAGGCAGGGGUAUACAAUGGGAAUUGCUCUUCCUCAAUUUAUCUUAAACAUGAAUGGAGAUUCUGGUGGGGUAUUGUUGUUGUGUACAGUUGGUUUAUGUAUUCUCUUGCCACUGGUGAUCGCUUCGGUCUAUCUCUGGAGAUCAUCAAAGUAUACUGGGAAUCACGUUAAGCUUCAAACUCGUCAAGCAUAUUUUGAGUUAUUGCAACCCACUUUAACUCCAAGCAAAGUUAUGGAAAUUUUCAUCAAAGCAGAUGAAUAUGCAGAGAUUCCAGUUCGUAAAACCGACGAUGAAUCUCUGCAGAAACUCUAUACUUCUGUCAAGAACGAGCUAAAUCUGGAUCCUAAGAAGUUGAAGCAAGAGGAAGCUAAGUUUUGGAAAAAGAAUCCUGCAAUUAUCAAGACUGAGCUUUUGAUUCAGAAACAGUUAACUCGUGAAUCAUCAGUUCUGUCUCUGACUCUGCAACGUGAUUUCAGGCGUGUGCUAGAGUUUGCGCCUCGCCUCCUUGAAGAUUUGAUGAAGAUGGCGGUUAUACCCCGCAAUGAACAAGGGCGUGGAUGGUUACGUCCUGCGCUUGGAGUAAUGGAGCUAUCUCAGUGCAUUGUUCAGGCUGUUCCUCUUAGUGCGAGGAAGUCAUCUUCAGAAGACAUUGCUCCUUUCUUGCAACUCCCUCAUUUCAAUGAGUCUAUCGCUAAAUCGAUAGCGUUGCAGGUUAAAUCAUUCCAAAAGUUUCAAGAACUGAGCUUGGAAGAACGUUCUAAACUGCUCAGAGAGGUUGCGAGUUUGUCAGAACCCGAUGUUCAAGACAUCGAGAAAGUGUUAGAAAUGAUUCCUUCUCUUAAAAUCGGCAUCACUUGCAAAACAGAAGGCGAAGAAGGUAUUCAAGAAGGCGAUAUUAUGACAGUUCAAUCUUGGAUCACUCUAAAACGUCCCAAUGGACUCAUAGGCGCUAUUCCUCACUCACCUUACUUUCCUUUCCACAAAGAGGAAAACUUUUGGGUUCUUCUUGCGGAUUCAAACAAUGUCUGGUUCUUUCAGAAGGUUAGUUUCAUGGAUGAAGCAGGAGCUAUAGCCGCUGCAUCAAAUGCUAUUACUGAGACAAUGGAGCCUUUAGGAGCAAGCGUCAAGGAAACAAAUGAUGCAGUUAAAGAAGCUGUUGAGAAGGUUAAAAGUGGGUCGAGAUUGGUAAUGGGGAGACUCUUAGCACCUGGAGAAGGUACUUAUAACUUGACUUGCUUCUGCCUAAGCGAUACUUGGAUUGGCUGUGACCAAAAGACAUCACUGAAAGUUAAGGUUUUGAAAAGAACCCGUGAUUUGGAAGGUGAGAAUGCAGAAGAAGGAUUGGAGGACGACGAAGAUGAGAUUGAAGAGGAGGAUUACGAAAGCGAAUACAGCGAAGACGAGGAAGAUAAGAAGAGAGGGUCGAAGAAGAAAGUAAACAAGAAGGAAUCGAGUUCUGAAGAGUCAGGAUCAGAUGAAGAGUAAAAAAACAUAAAGUAGUUAACUUUGAUCUGAAAUUAUACAAUAACUUUUGUUUUCAAAGCUUACACAGUUGUACUCAAAGAUUUUACAGUAUUUAAUCUUUUGCUGAAUUUAAUACUCUUUUUAGUUGA